AUGCACGCACUCGGAGCAUUAAGUGUUUUACUGUGCUUCUCUUUAAAGCUGGUAGCUGCAGGAUUUCACAAAACUGGAGACGGCGGAUUUAACUUUGCGCAUAGAUCGACAUCCAUUCGUUCACCUGGACAUCACUUGCCAACGUACAUGAUGCAUCUGUACCGGAAUUUCAAAGCAAACCAGUCGCCUUCUACGGAUUUACUGGAGCAGCGAACGGUGAGCCAAGCUGACACAGUCCGGAGUGUUAUUGCCAAAAGUUUGAUUCGAAGAGGUCAUCGCUGGAUUGCUACCUUUGACUUCUCAUCGUUUCUGGCUGAGGAACAGCUGCAAAUGGCUGAGCUGAGGAUCAGGUUACCCAGGGUCACAAACAUUACAGAUGUUACAGUGGAAAUCUAUCAUCAGCAUGAGUACCCUUGCCAGAGGAGUGGGGUAUGCCGUGAGCAUCAUCAUAUGGGAUCUUUGUCUGCACCCUCCGUGGUGGAUUCGUCUCAAAGCUGGAAAGUUUUCAAUGUCACGAGGCUGUUGUUGGAUUGGCUCAAAGAGCAACUCGUUUUUGGAAAGAAGAGACUACCGGUCACAAAGAGAGGUCCAUCCAUCUCCAAUCCAGCUCUGCUUGCCAGCUCGAAAGGUUACCGGAGUGUCAAUGACAGAGCUCUGCUCGUUGCCUUCUCCCACGUGGGGUCAGAUGAGGGUUCUCAGGCCAAAGCAAGUCUCCUGCAUACAGCUGAACAAUCCAAGUUUUUGUUCGGCACUGAAAACAAGAAGCUUCAGCGCCUAAAGAGGCACAAAAGCAACAGGGGGCGACGAGCACAACCUAUUCGAAGUGUAGAUGUGCCCAGGAGGGGCAACACAAAAUCCCUGUGUCGGAAAGUGGAUUUGCACAUAGACUUCAAUCAGAUCGGCUGGGGCUCAUGGAUUGUCUUCCCUAAGAGGUACAAUGCCUACCGCUGUGAGGGAACCUGUCCUAACCCAGUUGGAGAGGAUUUUAAGCCAACUAAUCAUGCCUACAUGCAGAGUCUGCUGAAGUACUACCAUCCCGAUCGAGUCCCAUCGGCAUGCUGUGCACCCACCAAGAUGAGUCCGCUGAGCAUGCUGUAUUAUGAGAACGGGGAAGUCCUUCUUCGACACCACGAAGACAUGAUUGUGGAUGAAUGUGGCUGCCACUGA